CCGGGUGGGAGGGGUGGGUCUGGGAACAUUGCUGCGGCUGUCGCCGCCUCCCCAGCGCCCGGAGCUUUUCUCCGGCCAAGCCUGCGCGGGGGGAGUCCUUCACUAUCUCCUCGGGCGGCGGCCACCCGCCCCCAGAUGGUUGGUCCGGAGGAUGCCGGAGGCUCCUCGGGAAGAAACGCCAAGUUGCUCCCGGUCCCGGCGCCGGAGCCUGUGGGCCAGGACGGGAAGAUGAUCCGGGCCACGGGCGGCUUUGGCGGAGGCGUCGGCGCUGUGGAGCUGGCGGAGGAAACUGAGGAGGAAGAAGAGGAGGAGGAGACGCCGCCUCGUCAGGUCCUUCAGCAUUACCUCGCGGCGGCCGGGGGGCAGCUGGAACCAGGGCUUUGCUACUGUUCGCUGUCCGCUGGUCAGGCCCGCGCACCGCCGCCCUCGUUAGCCCUGCGCUCGGACGCCUGCCCGCUGGGCUCGGACUCCAAGCAACGCGGCGGAGAGACAGCAGAUGCCCGCACUCCGCGGCACCGAGGCAUGACAAACGGGGAUUCGGGCUUUCUGCCGGGCCGGGACUGUCAGGACCUGGAAGCGGCUCGCGGACUGGCCCGCCAGUCGCGCCGCCGCCGCCCCUGCGGCCGUCUCCGCCUGGAGGGGCCUGGCGACGAAGAUGCGGACGGAGCGGAAAGCCCGUCUGACUGGGCCGCGCCGCUGGAGGACCCGCUGCGGAGCUGCUGCUUGGUGGCGGCGGACGCUGAGGAGCCCGAGGGCGCGGGCAGCGGCUCGGGGGGCAGUCUGGCCAGCGGCGGCAGCAGUAGCGAAGACUUAGAGCCGCCGGGAGCCGUCGCGGGGGCUUCCGAGGAGAGCGCGGCCCACGUCACCUCGGCCGAGAGGACUAGUGGGGACGCGGAGCCGCGUCUCGGCUUCGCUGACGUUCACUUGAACUCUCGGAACACUUACGAGGUGAGCCGCCGCCAGAGCUCCGGCGACCACCUUGCGCUGGUGGGGCCGCAGGUGCCCUCCUCGCCAGCGACGGAGCAGGGCCCGGCGGGGACUUCGGCCCGGGCUCGACGGAGCGGCGGUUUUGCUGACUUCUUCGCCAGAAAUCUUUUUCCAAAAAGGACGAAGGAACUCAAAUCAGUUGUCCAUAGUGCUCCUGGUUGGAAAUUAUUUGGCAAAGUUCCUCCCAGAGAGAAUCUUCAGAAAACGUCUAAAAUCAUUCAACAGGAAUAUGAAGCACGGACAGGGAGAACCUCUAAACCACCACCUCAGUCUUUAAGACGUAAGAAUUUUGAAUUUGAGCCACUUUCUACUACUGCCCUGAUUCUUGAGGAUCGACCAUCAAAUCUUCCUGCCAAAUCUAUGGAAGAAGCUUUACGUCACCGACAAGAAUAUGAUGAAAUGGUGGCCGAGGCUAAAAAACGAGAGAUUAAAGAAGCACAUAAAAGAAAAAGAAUAAUGAAAGAACGAUUUAAACAAGAAGAAAAUAUUGCAAGUGCAAUGGUAAUUUGGAUCAAUGAAAUUUUGCCCAACUGGGAAGUAAUGCGUAGUACAAGAAGAGUUCGAGAAUUGUGGUGGCAGGGAUUGCCCCCUAGUGUUCGUGGGAAAGUUUGGAGUCUAGCUGUAGGAAAUGAACUAAAUAUCACUCCUGAACUUUAUGAAAUCUUCCUUUCAAGAGCAAAAGAACGGUGGAAAAGCUUCAGUGAAACAAGUUCAGAAAAUGAUACAGAAGGUGUAUCUGUUGCUGAUCGAGAGGCCAGUCUGGAGUUAAUUAAGUUGGACAUAUCCCGUACGUUUCCAUCUCUCUACAUCUUUCAGAAGGGUGGUCCAUAUCAUGAUGUCUUACAUAGUAUCUUAGGGGCAUAUACAUGUUACAGACCUGAUGUUGGUUAUGUCCAAGGGAUGUCUUUCAUUGCAGCAGUACUCAUUCUCAAUUUGGAAGAGGCAGAUGCCUUCAUUGCAUUUGCAAAUCUCCUGAAUAAGCCAUGCCAGUUGGCCUUUUUUCGUGUGGAUCAUAGUAUGAUGUUGAAAUAUUUUGCAGCAUUUGAAGUAUUCUUUGAAGAAAAUCUCUCCAAACUAUUUCUUCAUUUCAAGUCUUAUAGUCUUACACCAGAUAUAUACUUGAUAGAUUGGAUCUUCACACUAUAUAGCAAAUCACUACCACUUGAUCUGGCCUGUCGAGUCUGGGAUGUAUUUUGCAGAGAUGGGGAAGAAUUUUUAUUUAGGACUGGAUUAGGAAUCCUCCGAUUAUAUGAAGAUAUUCUCCUACAGAUGGACUUUAUUCAUAUAGCACAGUUUCUAACUAAAUUACCAGAAGAUAUCACAUCAGAAAAGCUAUUCAGCUGUAUUGCAGCCAUUCAAAUGCAGAAUAGCACCAAAAAAUGGACUCAGGUCUUUGCAUCUGUAAUGAAGGAUAUUAAAGAAGGAGACAAGAACAGUCCUGCUCUAAAAAGCUGAUCUUCAAAACUGACAGACUAACUAAAAUAUAAAAAAAGUUUUUGAGAAAGAAGUUUUUUGUUUCCUUUGUAAAAGGCAUGGAAGAAAAUGUUGGAGA